AUGCAGUAUCAUGUGCACUUUGGCCCAGCACCCUCGUGUGCGGUGAGCGACUUCGACGGCGGUGAUGGGGUCAGCAGUACUGCGUCUUUGCCGUCGCUUGUCGCAUCGCCAUCUACGAGUUCAGUUCAAGCGAACCCAUCGCCAGCCCACCACCAGGAAAGCGGCAGCGGUAGUGGUGUCGCCAUCACCGUUGGUCAAGGCCUGCUGAGUGGUCGUCGUAUCGCUGUGCGAGUGGCACCGCCGCUGACAUCAAGUGCAACCCCUGUAGCCCACGUCGCCGCUAGCGCCAGCGGAGGUAUCCGAGUAGGUGCGAGUUAUGGGUACUCAGGCAGCAGUCUUUCCAGUGGUGCUCACAGCAGCAUGUGCGCAUCCUCGUCUCACCAUGCCGCACCCGAAAUUCCGGCCUCGAUGACGAGCACCACCACGAAGAGAGUCAACACCUCCUUGACCUACGGCAAAGGUAUCGUCCGCAUCAGCGAGCUUCGGCGACAGGGGGUACCCUCCGUCGAAUCAGGCCUGCGGCUUGCCACACUCCCAGGAGGUCGUUCGGUAGCCGCGGCCACAUCCAUUCACGGAAGCGACGCUGCUCAUGGUGGUGCCAGCGAGGACGGAGAUGUUUGUUACGGGGCCUUGACGCCACAUGCCGCGCCUUCGCAGCGGCGCACACGACAGCGUGGCUCGCCAACGCGGGCAGCCACCACCUCCGCAUCUGCCUCGUCCUCGUCACGUGCACGCGGUGGUCGUAGCGGUGCAAGCACCGACGGCAUUGCGCAGCGUCGCGGCCGAGGAAGCAGCGGUGGCUCGCGGGCCUCGACAGCGGUUGCACUGCGCAGUGACGGACAGCUGUGUGACUACCGCUGGUUCACUGCACGUGGGCGCCGCUGUUUUGUCUACGACGGCCGCACGUACAAAGGCUCCAGCGCCCAUCGAAUGUGGGAAAAGGUCAAGGGGGCGGUGCGGCAGCGUGGCCUGUUGCUAUCCCAGCAAGCCGCGGCGGUGUCGCGUACCUCUGAUGCACCACGCGCUGGCGGUAGAGCAGAUGCCAGCGUCGCCCACCCAACAGCAGAGGCGCGCAUUACUGUGCCGCGUGUGCACCAGGCGUCAGCUCGCGCUCGCUCCGCAACUGAGCACGUUCUUCUUCCACAGCAAACGAAGCGGAGGUCGACCGCGGUAUCCCCAGGACUGGUCGACGACGCGACCCGCACAGGGGUUCUCGUUCUUUCACAGUUGCCGGUGGAGUGGCGCACCCUGAUGGAGGAACUGGGCAUGAUGCCAGAGGACGACGGGGGCGCGAUGGCAAGCGACAGAAAAGGGUGUGUCUUGAAGGCGGCUGUUGGAACGCAGCCCCCAGUGGGUGCCGGAUCGGUCAGGCCACCCUGCGCUCCACAGCGCCGUGACCACCUAUCCGCGAGUAUCGCUGCCACGGAGGAUGUAAUUGAAAUCAGCGACAGUAACUCGACCCGCGACGACACGGACGACUCAGACUCCGACACCUCCAGCAGUUUCUCAUCGACAGCGUCGCCCACCGAGGUGAACGACGACGCUGACCGUGGGCAGCGUAACGCCAACACUGUUGCGGCUGGCGCCCCACUGCAGUGGCCCGCCACGUCGUACUUUAGCGACGCGAGCAGCGAGUGGUCCUCUACGUCAUCCUUCACGACGUCACCUGCUCGGCCACCGCCGUCGAUGUCGAGCAACUCGCCGAAACGGAAGCGAGGAAGGCAAGAGCGGAGCACGAACCACGCUGUAAUCACCACCACCACUGGUGCGUCGCCACGCCUUCGCAGAUAUCAUGGUGUGCAGGUGGUGGAGCAGGACGGGUGGGUAUACCCGGUGGAUGUGUACGCAUCACAGCAGCAGCAGCAGGAGCGGGAAAGUGAGCAAGUGAGAGAGACAGCACCAGGUGCAGCUUCUCGUGGUGCCACUCUACCAGCUGUGAACGGGAACUGCACCGGUGCUAGCGGUGGCGGGGCGCCAGCGCCCUGUGGUGUUGAUGACAUGCCCCUGGCCGAUCUCUACAGAGAGGCAGUGACUAGGCAAAGCAACGUGGUCCGAGCCCCACAACUCUCUGCUCCUGCGCUACUGCAUGCACCCUUAUCCUCCUCCAAGGCGUCUGCGGGGCUGUCUGUGGUGCGUGGGAGCGGCGCAGCUGUCCCGGUGCGACCUGCCGCUGUUUCAAGCGCGGCUCAGGGAAGCCUUCUGAACAGUUGCGUCGCCAUCCAACACAACGUCGGUAGGGGUUGCGUCUCCGCGUUCUUGGGUGUUGAUGACAACCUCGACGACUUCAAUACCGCCGACCUUGCCGACAUGUUCGUCACGGGAGAAGAAAUCGGCGGGUUUCGCUACGAUGGCUGA